CCAGCGCGUUCUUAUAAGAGCCCGUCGUUAGCUUAAUGGCUAGCUUGGCUGGAUGUCGCUUGAUUUCUCGGUAGCUGCACGGGGUUCCCACUUGUCAGCACAAACGGCCAUUAAAUUGGCACACCACACGGACCACAAGUCGCAGGACUGGUGUGUGAUUUCCUGUUUCCAGAUGGACCAGCAGGACCAGUCCUAUAUGUUUGCAAGUCUGACACGGCCCCACUCGGAGCAGCUGCUGCAAGGCCUCCAGCUCUUGCGGCAGGAUCAUGAACUAUGUGACAUUGUUCUGCGAGUGGGCGAUGCCAAGAUCCAUGCUCACAAAGUAGUGCUCGCCAGUAUCAGUCCCUACUUCAAGGCCAUGUUCACGGGAAACCUUUCGGAAAAGGAGACCGCUGAGGUGGAGUUCCAGUGCAUCGAUGAGACUGCUCUGCAGGCUAUUGUGGAGUACGCUUACACCGGCACGGUAUUUAUCUCCCAGGAAACGGUGGAAUCUCUGCUGCCAGCUGCCAAUUUGCUGCAAGUUAAGCUUGUGCUUAAGGAGUGCUGCUCCUUCCUGGAGAGCCAGCUGGACGCCGGGAACUGCAUAGGGAUCUCGCGCUUUGCCGAGACCUACGGCUGCCACGAGCUGUGCCUGGCCGCCACCAAGUUCAUCUGCGAGAACUUCGAGGAGGUCUGCCAGACGGAGGAGUUCUUCGAGCUGACGCGGGCCGAGCUGGACGAGAUCGUGUCCAACGACUGCCUGAAGGUGGUGACGGAGGAGACGGUGUUCUUCGCCCUGGAGUCGUGGAUCAAGUACGACGUGACGGAGCGGCAGCAGCACCUGGCCCAGCUGCUGCACUGCGUCCGCCUGCCGCUGCUCAGCGUCAAGUUCCUCACCCGCCUGUACGAGGCCAACCACCUCAUACGGGACGACCACGCCUGCAAGCACCUGCUCAACGAGGCCCUCAAGUACCACUUCAUGCCCGAGCACCGGCUGUCCUACCAGACCGUGCUGUCGGCGCGGCCCAGAUGCGCGCCCAAGGUGCUGCUCGCCGUGGGAGGCAAGGCGGGACUGUUUGCCACGUUGGAAAGCAUGGAAAUGUAUUUCCCCCAGACGGACUCGUGGAUCGGCCUGGCCCCGCUCAGCGUCCCCCGGUACGAGUUCGGCGUGGCGGUGCUGGACCACCGGGUGUACGUGGUGGGCGGCAUCGCCACGCACAUGCGGCAGGGCAUCAGCUACCGGAGGCACGAGAGCACGGUGGAGAGCUGGGACCCGGAGAGCAACACCUGGUCCUCGGUGGAGCGCAUGGCCGAGUGCCGCAGCACGCUGGGGGUGGUGGUCCUGGCCGGGGAGCUGUACGCGCUGGGCGGCUACGACGGCCAGUACUACCUGCAGUCCGUGGAGAAGUACGUCCCCAAGCUGAAGGAGUGGCAGCCCGUGGCGCCCAUGACCAAGUCCCGCAGCUGCUUCGCCACGGCCGUGCUGGACGGCAUGGUCUACGCCAUCGGGGGCUACGGCCCAGCGCACAUGAACAGCGUGGAGAGGUACGACCCCAGCAAGGAUGCCUGGGAGAUGGUGGCCCCCAUGGCAGACAAGAGGAUCAACUUCGGAGUGGGUGUCAUGCUGGGGUUCAUAUUUGUGGUGGGUGGACACAACGGGGUCUCCCACUUAUCCAGCAUUGAGAGGUAUGAUCCCCAUCAGAACCAGUGGACAGCCUGCCGGCCAAUGAACGAACCCAGAACUGGUGUGGGCUCUGCCAUCGUGGACAACUACCUCUAUGUGGUGGGCGGCCACUCGGGGUCCUCCUAUCUGAACACUGUCCAGCGCUACGACCCCAUCUCGGACAGCUGGUCGGACUCCAGCGGCAUGAUGUACUGCCGCUGUAACUUUGGCCUGACGGCCCUUUGACCCAUGGCCCGUCCAGCUAGAACCCGAACCACUUAGAAACCGAGACUUUUCUUUUUAGUUGUCUCCUCUUCUUUCCCCACGCUCAUCCUCCAGGUGCAGGUGAACCUCACCGCACCCUUACAGGACCAUCGGAGGAAGGGCCGGCUGGCCGGACGCGCGGGCCCAGCCGGCUGGCCAGACGAGGGCCGCGGUCAGGAUGGCGGCGAGAGCCCUGGCUCUGCGGGGGGGCACACGUGUUCGGAUGGCCGUUACCGCGGAUACGGAUUGCCGCUCUGCUGCCGCUUGACUCCAAUGAGGACUUUGAGCCAUGUCCAAGAGGAUUGUGGGAAAUAUCUGGUUGUUGUUUCGGAGCUUUAUGUUAGCAGAGACCUUUUUUUUUUUGUUUGUUUGUUUGUUUUUUGUUUAACCCUUCUGUCUUUAAGUUUUAAACUUAAGUCUUUUCGUCUUAUUUCGCCGCUGCGAUCCGAACUACAGGUUCAGAAUUUGUAGGACGCUGCAGUCUGCUUGUGUAUCUGUAUGAACAUGUGGUGGUUGGCUGUGUAGCGUGUGUGUCCGUGUGUAUGCCGGAUGGGGGUACGUGCAUGUCAGAUAGGACUCUUUGUUUUGUUCAAGCUCAGCGGCAGAGUUCUGCGUCCAAGUUUGCUUCACAUAAAAAAAAAAAAAGAAGAGCAGAGGUGGAUUCUUUAUAUUUUUCUCAAUAAGGGCUGCCUUUCUUUUGUAAAUAGUCUAAAUGAAGUAUAUAGACAUGAGUAUAUCCUCUAGUACAUUGCCUGUAAAUGUUUAUCUGCACUGGGUCACUAACCUGCGUAGUUUGUAUGUUUGCCACUCGUCUUUGUUUCAUCCUCCGGCAAUUUAAAGCAAAAAAAACAAACAAAAAAACACAAUAAUCCCCGUGUUCCAGCAUCUGUUACAUGUUUCUGGGGUCGGAUCACUCGAUACUCUUGAUAAUGGUCUUUUAGUAACACGUUUCACCACCUUUUGGUCUGUAUGCAAUACUGACUGGUGCUAUAUUUAGGACUCAGCUGUUUGUGUUGCUUUACGCAGUCUGUCGACCUUUGUCUGGACUCUGCUACGUUGUUUUGUUUUUUUUGUGCUUCAUGUGCACUUUUAAAUGCCUAGACUCUAAACAACCCCUCUCCAUGCAAUAAGAUAACUCAUUUAAAAAAGGGAACGCAGGUUGUUGCACAGCCACAAACUUC